AGUUACAGUUGACGACACUGAAUAUGUUGUUGUUGUUGUUGUUGUUAAGUUUUUUCAUGACAACUGAAAGCUGCAAAAAUUUGGACGUGAGACGAGCUAUUUCCUACAGAUUGAUCAAGGCGAACGCUCAAUCCAAACAAGAUGUGAUGACAAGACGGAGAGUUGCUAGCGUAUCCAAAUGCAUGGAUUUUGCCGAAAAUAAAAACGCGCUUGCCUUCUAUUUUGAGCGGACUGUUUCUAACGAAGCCAAUUGCCUCUUGCUACGCUGUCCAGAAUCAGUAGGCAUUCCACAGCUCAUGAAUGUCACAGGCGUAGAUUAUUACAGUGCUUAUCCAAAUAACCGGCGUGCAGAAAACUUGAGUGUGAUUUGCGUGGAAAACGUCGGACUCUUCACUAUUUUUCCCGACAGACUCAACUUUACCGAAGCUCGAGAUUCCUGUCGAAAAAUCCAUGGUUCUCUGGCUGACGUGUCAAACGAAGCUCGAAGUCGAGGACUUGCCUCGAUGGUCAACGAGUCUAUUGCCUACGUUGGUUUGAGCAAUGAGGGUAACCAGCGUCUUUGGAAAAAUGAAUUCGGUGAUCUGCUGUCGUGCCACGAUUAUAGAGCCUGGGAUUCUGGUGAGCCGUCCCAUUCACGCGGUUGCGUUGGAUUAAUUCAAGCCGACUACAAGAAUGAUCCUGUUUGGCGCGUUGUACCUUGCGCCACGAAACUUCCAUACAUUUGCGAACUACCUAAAUUCCGAAGUUUUACGAACCACAAACGUGUUGGAAAUUUUAUGUGGGGAAGAUGAAUUGGUCAAGGUUAAAAUUAGUCAAAGAGAAAAUACUUGUUUGUAAUAUGUACUUUUUUCAUAUUUAUAUAUAUAUAUAUAUACUCCAAUGAAAUCAAUCGAUAUUUACAAAUAUACGAACUACAUAUAGGUUUACGUCGCUCGGGACGUGCAACAU